AUGUCGCUUCCGACAGCCGCGAACUUGCCAAGGAGACAGGUAUUCCAAUUGCACCGAACCGUCCUCCUGGCGAACAAAGUCAUUUGUCUCAUUGGUACUGAGGUGGCCCGGGCCAGGGCGGUGGAAAUGCAGCUUGGUGAGCAUGUGUUUCUGAAUAUCAGCGCUAAUCGUGAAGACCCUCUCGACGACGUCAGACUCCUCUACGACACAUACGGCAUCACGGAGUCGGCGAAGACCGACAGCCCCGACAUCACGACGACAUGGAAUCUACACCAGCGUGCUCGGUAUGUACGGUAUCUCGGCACCACCGCAGUAAUGAAGUGCCGUGUUUUGGUAUCACACUACCAAUGGUAUGCCCAGGCCCAGGCCGGCACAACGACGCCCUCAUCGAUAUGCUCAGCAUUCCGCAGCUGGUAUCAUCAAUCGGUGGUAUUACGACGAUGCCCUUGGUCGAUCGACCGCCUCUUCGAACCACCACAUGCGGAUGAUUACGACGAGAAGCCUCUGGUUACCAGGCAUAAUCUGGCGGUAUGGAAUACACCGAGUAUUGGAACAGAUAGGAAACAAAUGUCCUUCUCGUCGGAUUCCUUACCUCUUCUUCCAUGUAGAGAUAAGACCACAACGUUGAAUCUCCCUGACGCUCUUAGUGGCCUUGCCGAGCACCAAGUCACCUUUUCCUGUAACAUCUUUCCAACGAGACUGUACAUUUGGAGCUCGCCGGACCAUGGCAAUACUUGUACUGACAUGGCUCAAUUACGCCCUAAAAGCGAUGCUCCCGUCUUCUCCUCCACAUGGCAAUAUCUUUGCCGUCGCCUCACGCACGCAUCACGUAUCCAAGGGCAUAUCAAGGACCCUGACAAGAAAGUUAGGGAGUUGCUAUGUUUCAAGUCCAAGCUAGGUACCAGCAGGCCGGGCGCCUAUCGUCUUGCCCUGCAUAGGAGUUUUGACCGAGUCGUAUGCAGCUUCUUCGCUGCCUCCGCGAUCUGCUCCGCGUCUGAGGGCUGGGGCCCUCUACUUGCUAUUUCAUUGAGAGCUUUAAUCAUCUCGUCGGUUGACUUGCUUCCAGACAUGUCUGUCGUCGGUCUAGGGACGAUCAAGGUGUUUAUGAAGAGGAUGAAGUAG